GUUUUUCAGGAACGAAGCAAAAAUAGUGUGUUGAAGUUGAAGUUGCAGAGCGGAGCGAGUCUCCUCAUUCGCUAUGCUUCCCCCCUCUCUCUCUCAAAAAUUCCAGAAUCUUCUCACUCUUUCUCUCUCUAAAAACCUAGACCCCAUUUCUCUCUCAUAGUCUCUCUCUUUUCUUCGUCGCCUGGUUUUCAACUCGCCCCGGCGUCGUUUCCGCUGGUUUUCUCUCUCAAAGUCUGUUGACGUUGUUUCUUCGCCGGUCGCAUAUUUGAGAGCUGCGGUUAGGGUUUCGAAACUCUGAUUCCGAGAAAGCGAGGUUUGAGAUGUCUCACAGAUCAAAAGAAGAAAAGGGGUAUAGCCGGUCUGAAUUAGAAGACUAUGUGGACGAGUAUUACUAUCAGUUAAAGAAAGGUAGUGUUAAGGUUAAAAAUUCUGAUUCAACUUAUAGAUGCCCAUUUUGCGAUGGGAAGAGGAGGCACGAUUACCGACUAAAGGAGCUUUCACGACAUGCGUAUGACAUUGGCAGAGACAGCAAGGGUUUAAAAGAGAAAUCAAAGCACUUGGCUUUGGAGAGGUAUAUAGACAGAUAUCUUUAUGUGAAGAGUCGGUUAGAAUCUGCACCCGAGAUUGAAAGCCCUAAACACUCGCAGAGACGGACUCAGGUGGUGGCUGUAGUGGGCUCCUCCCAAAUCAGAGAAAAGUCUAUUUAUUCUGAACCUCAAGCCCACUCUCAGCUUCUUCCCAGCUUCUUCCCAGCCCCCACUCUCCCCACCCCAAAGGCACAACCCCCAACAGGUUCUAAGGCUGGUUCAACCCUUGCUACACAGGAGGAUGACCAAUGGUUUGUAUGGCCUCCAAUGGCCAUUUUGGCAAAUGUUAGAACUGAACUAAAGGAUGGAAGACAUGUUGGGGAAAGUGGUUCCAAACUUAAAACUGACUUGGCAAGUAAAGGUUUUAACCCUUUGAGGGUUCAUCCUUUAUGGACAUACAGGGGUCACUCCGGGUUUGCAAUUGUUGAAUUUGAGAAAAGCUGGGAAGGUUUCCAUAAUGCAAAGUCCUUUGACAAGAGUUUUGAAGUUGAUCACCGUGGAAAAGGGGACUACAAUGUAACCAGGAAUCGAGGAGUUAACUUGUAUGGAUGGGUUGCUCGGGAUGAUGAUUACAAUUUGAGAAGCACUGUGGGUGAUUAUCUUCGUAAGAAUGGAGAUUUGAAAACUGUUUCUGCUCAACAAGAAGAAGAACAUACGAAAAAUUCAAAGCUAGUUACCACUCUAACUAGCACCUUAGUUAUAAAGAAUUCACAUCUAAAGGAGAUGGAAAGAAAAUGUCGUACCACUGACGAUGCCUUAAACAAGUUGGAGGCUGAAAAGGAGGAUAUUCUCAAAGCUUGCAAUGAAAAAAGAGAAAAAAUGCAAAAAAUUGCUCAUGACCAAUUGGCAAAGAUAUGCUUAGACCACAAGAAAACCGCAUUGGAGUUGGAAGCUAAAAAAAAAGAGCUUGAGGACCGUGAGAAACAACUGCAACAACGCCGUGCACAAAAUGAUAGUGAGAGAAGGAAAAUCUAUCAUGAAAGGAAAAUGAAUGAGAUGGCUACCUUGGAGCAAAAGAAGGCUGACGAAAAGAUGUUACGGUUAGCAGAAGAACAAAAGAGAGAAAAGGAGAAACUUCACAAGAGAAUCAUUGAGUUGGAAAAGCAGCUUGAUGCCAAACAGGUACUGGAGCUUGAGAUAGAGCGAAUGAGAGGUGCUUUAAAGGUGAUGAACCACAUGGAUGAGGAUGAGGAUUUGGAAGCCAGGAAGAAGAUGACUGAAAUUAAAGAGAAGUUACAGGAGAAGGAGGAGGAGUAUACCGAUGUAGAGGAACUUUAUAAAACACUUAUUGUUAUGGAGCGGAGGAAUAAUGAUGAAGUGCAGGAGGCUCGUAAGGCAGUAAUCAAUGAAUUGCGGGGUUCAAGCAGCCGUGCUUCCAUUGGUGUGAAGAUAAUGGGAGAUCUUGAUGAAAAACCAUUCCAAACUGCAACCAAGAAGAGAUAUUCUGAAGAAGAAGCAGAUGUGAAGGCAGUGGAGUUAUGUUCUCUGUGGCAGGAGCAUCUUAGGGAUCCAAGUUGGCAUCCUUUCAGGAUUAUCACAGAUAAAGAAGGAAAGACCAAGGAAAUUAUUAAUGAAGAAGAUGACAAAUUGAAGGCUUUAAAAAAUGAGCUGGGUGAUGAAGUAUACGAGAAGGUGACAACUGCUAUGAUGGAAUUGAAUGAGUAUAAUGCCAGUGGUCGGUAUACAAUACCUGAGCUGUGGAACUUCAAAGAAGGGAGGAAGGCAUUGUUGGAAGAGGGAGUGGUGUUUUUGCUAAACAAGUGGAAGCUGCUUAGAAAACGGAAAAGAUAUUGCAGGUCUGAAAUGUCUCAUGGUUCAGAAGAAAUGGAUAUUGGUGAGUCUGAGUUUUGUGUUGAGCAUUUUGAGACACAAAAGAAAGAGCUCAUGAAAAAACUUGAGCAGAGUGAAUCUCACAAUAAAGAUCUUCAGAAAAAGCUUGAUCACAGUGAAGCUCAGAAGAAAGAGCUUCAGAAAAAGCUUGAGCAAAGUGAAGCACAAAAGAACGAGCUUGAAGUUCAUAAGCAAAUGAAUGAGAUGGCUACUGUGGAGCAAAAGAAGGUUGACGAAAAGAUGUUAGCAGAAGAACUAAAGAGAGUAGAGGAGAAACUUCACAAGAGAAUCAUUGAGUUGGAAAAGCAGCUUGAUGCCAAACAGGUACUGGAGCUUGAGAUAGAGCGAAUGAGAGGUGCUUUAAAGGUGAUGAAACACAUGCAUGAGGAUGAGGAUUCGGAAGCCAAGAAGAAGAUGGAUGAAAUUCAAGAGAAGUUAAAGGAGAAGCAGGAAGAGUAUACCCAUGUAGAGCAACUUUUUGUAACACUUAUUUUUAAGGAGCGGAGGAGUAAUGAUGAAGUGGAGGAGGCUCGUAAGGAAUUAAUCAGUGGAUUGCGGGGUUCAAACAGCCGUGCUUCCAUUGGUGUGAAAAUAAUGGGAGGUCUUGAUGAAAAACUAUUCCAAACUGCAACCAAGAAGAAAUAUUCUGAAGAAGAAGCAGAUGUGAAGGCAGUGGAGUUGUGUUCUCUGUGGCAGGAGCAUCUUAGGGAUCCAAGUUGGCAUCCUUUCAGGAUUAUCACGGAUAAAGAAGGAAACACCAAGGAAAUUAUUAAUGAAGAAGAUGACAAAUUGAAGGCUUUAAAAAAUGAGCUGGGUGAUGAAGUAUAUGAGAAGGUGACAACUGCUAUGAUGGAAUUGAAUGAGUAUAAUGCCAGUGGUCGGUAUACAAUACCUGAGUUGUGGAACUUCGAAGAAGGGAGGAAGGCAUCGAUGGAAGAGGGAGUAGUGUUUUUGCUAAACAAGUGGAAGCUGCUUAGAAAACGGAAAAGAUAAACAAGGCAUUUGGAAUAUGGAUGGGGGUGCUCAAAGAGCUUCCUUUAAAAUUGAAAGUGUCUAACUAGCUGCUGUUAAUGUUCUUUGCAAUUGCUUGUCUGUUGUCUGAUUGAUAGAUUGAGUAUUAAGAAUAUAGUUUUAGCAUCUGAUGCAACAGUUUGAUUUAGGGCCGAUUAAAUUUUACUUUAUAUUUCCUAACUAGUAUUAGUUGUUAGAAGUUGGAACACCCUAUUGUGCAUGGCAACAUUUGGUCGCUGCUUGACCAAAAUCUUGGC